AUGGAGGACGCAACAAACGGACCCUUAAUCUCAUCGUCGGAACUGCAGAAACACACUACUGCAGAUGACUGCUGGAUUGUCGUCCAUUCGCGCAUCUACGAUGUUACUGCAUUUCUGAAUGAGCAUCCAGGCGGAUCGGCCAUUAUCCUCAAAUACGCAGGGAACGACGCCUCAAAAGCCUACGACGAGGUACACUCGCCCUCGAUAAUCCACAAAACCCUCACGAGGGAGCAAUUCAAGGGGAUGAUCGAGCCAAGCGCCGAGUUACCCUCCGUUGACACGCCCAUGGAAACCACCAGCCCACCAGAUGCAGACGAAACCCCGCAGCUCGAGCAGCUGAUCACCGUGCGUGACUUUGAGGAGGUCGCGCGGAAGAAGUACACAAAGAAAACAUUCGCGUUCUAUUCCUCCGCCGCGACGGAUCUUGUUUCGCACCAUGCGAACCUGAACUCGUACCGUCAGAUCAUGCUGCGGCCGCGCGUGUUGCGCAAUGUGAAAGAGGUUAAGAUGCCUCGCACGAUAUUGGGUUGUCCGUCGUCUGCGCCGUUCUUCGUUAGUCCCACGGCUAUGGCGAAGCUUGCACAUCCGGAUGGUGAGUUGGCUGUUGCGAAGGGGUGUGGGGAGGAGGAUAUCAUCCAUAUCAUUUCGAAUAAUGCUUCUUUCCCGCUUGCGGAGAUUGUGGCUGCGGGGAAACCGGGGCAGGCGUUUUUCUUGCAGCUGUAUGUCAACUCGAAGAGGCGGAAGACAGAGGAGUUGCUGCGGGAAGCUGCGGGUCUCGGGAUCAAGGCGGUGUUUGUCACUGUCGAUGCGCCGAUUCCGGGGAAGCGUGAGGCCGACGAGCGUAUUGCGGCUGGAAAUCUGGUUUCCGCUGUUAGUGGUGCGGUUGCAAAGAAUGAUAAGAAAGGGGGCGGGCUUGGUAGGGUUAUGGCCAAGUAUAUUGAUUCGACGUUGGACUGGGGAGAUCUCGCAUGGAUCAAGAAGGUGUCGGGCUUGCCGGUUGUGCUGAAGGGGGUCCAAACAGGGGCUGAUGCUAGAAUGGCGAUGGAGCAUGGUGUUGAUGCGAUUCUGUUGAGUAACCAUGGGGGAAGGUCUCUGGAUACAGUCCAACCUGCCAUCAUCACACUGCUGGAACUACACAGAACGUGUCCUGAGAUAUUCGGUCGCAUGGAGAUCUACAUCGACGGGGGAAUACGACGAGGAACAGACAUUUUGAAGGCACUCGCUUUAGGAGCUACAGCUGUUGGGAUCGGACGGCCGUACCUCUACUCUCUGACAUAUGGACAGGAAGGAGUUGAGCACCUUACACAAAUCCUCAAAGACGAGCUUGUCUCAGCAAUGAAGCUAAGCGGCAUCACGCACAUCGACCAGGCGCAUCCUGGUAUGGUCAACACUGCCUAUGUUGAUCCGUUGAUUAGAGGUACUGAAACACAUCCAUGGAUUACAUGGACUCCCCAGGCGAAGCUUUAG